ACUUUCUUUUAUUUGCUGGGAUCAGCGUUGAAUAAAAGCAAAAAGAAUGUCGAACCUUUCAUUGAUGCGACGACUUACAUUGUCCCUUAAGGCUAUUGCCCCAGGAGGCGGGAGACGAUUGGCAGGAAGAGAUCUCGAUGGCAACCUGUACUUUGAAAAACCAGAUCCCAAUGGUGGAAGAUAUCCUCGCAGAACAGUUGAAUUGGCAGAUCCCCAACUCUCAGAAGCUAAUUAUGAUGAUGCCAAUAUUGCCGUACAAUGGCAAUCAUGGCUGAGAAACACUCGUCAGAGCCCACCUACACAAGCAGAGAUCCAACGAGAUGAGGCACGGAAAAAACUGACGAUUGCACGCGCCAAAGCAUUGGAUCAAGCAUGGUUAGACAGGAAAGAGGAGCUACAGUUGGAGCAAGCACAGGACCGGCAAACUAUUUUGGGCAUAGCAGCUGCGUCCAGAGGUGUCGGUAGUCAAAUCCAGGAUGCAAAUACAUCAACGUCUUCAACAUCAUCGCCAUCAUCAUUUGUAUCAGAGUUACCGCCACAGGACGAGGCUACAAAGAGUGAAGCAAGGAAGCAAGUAGAAGAAAGAGAAGCCGCACGUAAAUCUGGAUUCAAACCCACAGUACAACAAGGAGAUACAUUCCAGCCCCAGGCUUGGGCACCAACCGCUGCCCGUCGUCGUUGAAGUGCCAGAUU